AUGUCUAGUAAUCACAAGGUGGUUCGCUGCAAUGAGAAGGAUCAGGAGACGUUGUUAAUCUUCAAACAAGGCAUUAUAGAUCGUUUCGACCAGCUUUCAACAUGGUCAAAUGAAGAAGAUUGUUGUGCAUGGAAAGGAAUCCAAUGUGACAACAUCACCAACAGAGUUACACAGGUUGACCUCAAACAAUCAGAAGAUUCAUUAGCGACCUUGGAAGGUGAAAUCAACUUAUCUUUACUAGAACUUGAAUUUCUAGUUUACUUGGACUUGAGCUCAAAUAAAUUUGAUGUUAUAAGUUUGCCACCUUUUCAUCAUAGCAUCACACUUGCAUCCAACCUUUAUUACCUUGACUUAUCUUGGACUGGUGACCUUGACAUGGAUAAUCUUUGGUGGCUUUCUUAUUUUCCUUUCUUGAAACACCUCAACCUCUCAGGAAUUGAUCUUCACAAAGAAGUUAAUUGGCUUCAAUUGGUGGCUAUGCUUCCUUCGUUAUCAGAGUUACGCUUGAGUGUUUGUAACUUGAAUAACAUCGACCCAUCUCGUUUGUAUGUCAAUUUUUCUUCACUAGUAACUCUUGACCUUUCUUACAAUAAUUUCAACUCUAAAUUACCAUAUUGGUUGUUCAAUCUUAGCAAAAUCUCUCAUCUUGAACUUCAGCGGAAUAGUUUACAUGGUGAAAUACCUUUGAGCUUGUUAAGCCUUUGGAAUUUAAGAUACCUUGAUCUAUGUCAUAACCAACUCAACGGAUCAAUUCCAAAUUGGCUAGGCCAACAAGAACAUCUGCGAUAUCUUGAUCUAUCUUAUAACCAGCUCAAAGGUUCAAUUGCAAAUUGGAUAGGCCACCAAGAGCAUUUGAAACACCUUGAUCUUUCCCACAACAUGUUUUGUGGUUCCAUUCCUUCAACUCUCGGAAAUCUCUCAUCCUUAAUUUUGUUGAGUAUUGGUUCAAAUUUCUUCUCUGGUGCAAUAUCUGAAACACAUUUUUCCAAUCUAUCUAAUUUAAACUAUUUGGACUUGAGCAGUUUAACUUUGGCAUUCAAUUUCCAUCAUGAAUGGAUUCCUCCUUUUCAGCUCAGUACACUUUCUUUGGAAUAUACAAAUCAAGGUCCCUACUUUCCAUCAUGGAUAUAUACUCAAAAGUCACUCCGAAACUUACUCAUAUCUAGCUCAGGAAUUUCAUCUGUAGAUGGAGAUAUGUUUAGGAGUUUCGUAGCAGGAAAUUUUAAGAUGCUCGAUAUAUCCAACAAUUCAUUAAGUGAAAACUUGUUGAAUGUAACAUUGAACUCCUCCUUUAUACGAUUCGACCGUAAUAAUUUCAUUGGAGGGCUUCCACAUAUAUCACCAGAGGUCCUAUUUUUGGAUUUAUCUAACAACUCCUUUUCAGGACCAAUUCCUCGAAGUUGGGAGAAUUUGAAUAAUGUGUCAUAUAUUAACUUGUGGAGAAAUAAGUUAUCAGGUGAAGUUUCAAUGGACUUCUCAAAGUUGACAAAUUUGCUAUUUUUGGAUCUAGGAAGAAAUGAAUUUUCUGGAACUAUACCAAUGAAGAUGCCACAAAACUUGCAAGUGAUUAUAUUGAGAUCUAAUCAAUUUGAGGGCAACAUUCCUGCACAGUUAUUCAAUCUCUCUUCUCUAUUUCACUUGGAUCUAGCCCAUAAUAAACUUUCAGGAUCCAUGAAUCAGUGUGUCUAUAACAUGACUCAAAUGAUUACUAAUAAUAUUGGCUUUUAUUUUCCUGUCUCUAUUGACUUGUUUAUAAAAGGGCAAGAUUAUGAGUAUCUAGUCAUUCCAAACAGGCGAACUAUUGAUCUUUCAGUCAAUAACUUGUGGGGAGAAAUUCCCAAGGGACUAUUUGGGCUUAUUCAAGUUCAAACAUUGAACAUAUCUCAUAAUCAUUUGACUGGAACAAUAAAUACAGCAAUUGGUGAUAUGAAAAAUCUAGAAUCUCUUGAUCUCUCCAAUAAUAAGCUCUUUGGACAAAUUCCUCAAAGCAUGGCUGGUUUGUCUUUUUUAGCUUAUUUGAACCUAUCAUGCAACAAAUUUAUUGGACAAAUUCCAAUAGGGACUCAACUUCAAAGUUUUGAUGCAUCGAGCUAUAGUGGAAAUCCAGAACUUUGGGGAGCUCCUCUUACAAAAUCUAUCACAGAAAAGGAAAAUCCUGACGAUACAAAGCAACAUGCUGGAAAUGAAGAUGGUGAACUUGACAUGGAGUCACUUUAUCUUGGCAUGGGAGUUGGGUUUGCUGUUGGCUUCUUGGGAAUUUGUGGUUCUUUGUUCCUCAAUAGGAAGUGGAGGCACACAUACUACUGGUUUCUUGACCAUGUGACUGAUCAACUUUAUGUUUCUUUCAUGGUUACUUUCAACAAGAUUUGCAAAUCCAAUACCCUUGAUGGUUGA